AUGCGAUCAUCUGACGAAGCGUUGAUUGUCAAUGUGAGCACCAUGAUGCAGCGUUGCUUGUCAGCGCAUUCGUGUGAUGCUGGAGGGUUCUACUUGCAGACUGUGGGCAAUGAAAACACGCCGUGGAACAUCACAAUUACUCGAUCCAACAAGGACUCACCUUCUGAUUCGUCUACACUUUACUCAUUCAAAUUGCGAACUGAUUACAUAGAACUUACGUCCGUCAACUGUGUACCCACAACAAUUCAAAAGAUGGAGGCUGGACGGCAAAGACUGACUCGCAAGUUUCGUGGAACAUUAGCGAUGGCGCAAUUUGUGCUACAAGCUGAUGUUAAAAUCGACUCGGAGGGCCAUGUUUAUGUUAGCAACAGUAGGCCUUCAUUUGGUGACUGGAUGUCCUUUCCCGUUCAUUUGGCUGGCAUCACGCGCACAGACAAUGUGAACUUGCUGAAAAUGUACAUUGAUGCCGUCUGCUAA